UGAAAGUCAGAAGAAUUCCAGCCUUACCUGAAAAAGUUCCUUCAACGAAGUUUCUUUGGUCAUAUCCACUUUCCAAGCAAUCGAGAUGUCUCCGGCCGUUGUACCUCCCAGUCCCGCUGCCACCGUUGCUGCUGGCGUUACUCUUCCUCUUGUCAGCGGAGCCCUAGUCGUAUUACGCUUCUAUUCCAAGCGCGUGCAACGGCUGGACCUGUUCGUCGAAGACUGGCUUACUAUUCCUGCAUUUCUCCUGGCGUCGGGAAUGGGAGUAGGUCUGGUAUAUGGAGUCGCACGUAAAGCUCUGGCUUAUCCAGCACCACAGCCUGCUGAUCCGAAAAAUCUACCAAACUUCACCGCGCCGGAAAUCACGAUCAAUCGGCAGUUGGAGUAUGCGAUUCUCAUGAUGCAAAUCCCCGCCAUUACCUGCGCGAAACUCGGCUUCUUAUUCCUGUACAAGCGGGUCUUUUGCACAGGAGUGGAAAACCGCGUCAAGUAUGGGCUUUGGUUUACGAUACUCCUAUGCACGGCCUGGGGAAUAUCUUUCUUCGUCAGCUUCCUCUUCAUAUGUGGCACUCAUCCCUCCGCCCUCUGGGGAACGCUCCUUGCUUUUAAACAGCACUGCCAACACAUCCUGGAUUGGAACUUCUGGAUGUCAAUCAGCGAUUUCAUUCUUGAUGUUAUUAUUUUCCUCAUCCCCAUGCCUUUGUUGUGGGGCCUACACAUGUCCACCACGCGUAAACUAGCCGUUCUCACGGUGUUUAUGUUUGGUGCAGUAACGCUUGCUGCGUCAAUUACGAGGAUGGUCAUCUUCGUUCGUGCGGUUCAGAGCCUGAAGACGACAUAUAAGUCUAAGGCUAAGGGUUCUGACAACCUAACCAUUACGGCCGGCUUGUAUUGGACAACGUUCGAAUGCGGGAUGGCUCUGAUAGCCGUAUGCCUUCCAUCUAUUUACAGUCUCCUUAAAAAGACUCUACACGAGCAAUUCGGAUUCCAGACUACUCAUUCCAAAGGCAACCACGGACUAAGCGGCAAAUUCUCGAACACCACAUACCCCAGAAAGGGUCGGACACAUGGUUCUGACAGUGACAUGAUUCCUUUGGAGGCUCCCGUGAUCACGACCGACAUUGAGAUACAUUUCGGGGACAAGGCCCGGUCCGAGGCAAGUCACCGGGAAUUAAGGCCGUGGUGAUGCAUCCUGCGUUCCUGCAGUUGUGUGCAGGCACCUCUCUCUUCCCCAGCCGGUGUUUACGCGGGCGGCGAGGCUCGGGAAGGCCGUUUUUGUAUCGCGCUGCAAGCAUGUGAUUGGCUCGGAUUUCAGGUAUACCUUGCGAUAAGCGUCCGUUAUAGGCAGCAGAAUGAGACAUAAAGUUGUGCGCCUCGCCUUGAUGAGCGU